CCCUGCGUGGAGAGGCCGGUGGCUGGUGAGGCCCGGCACCCUGAGCUUCGUGGCGCUCCUUCGUCUGUGCCGAGGAAACGGGCUCAGGGAGGGACAGACAAGUCGCUGGCUGUGGCCACAGGGACGUGGGUGGUCGUCUGCGCCCCGAGCGGGGCGUGUCUUCUGGGCACCCCCUCUGGCUUUGAUGUCCGGUGAGCUUCCUGCGGGAAUGGAAAGUCCAGAGCAUCAGGAUCUUCCGCGGGAAUGUCUUGGGCGUCCUUUUCGCAGAUGCUUGGCGGCACAUUCUUUCUCUCCUUGGGAAACACUUCAUCUCCACCCCUGGCGAGUGGGUCCCAGAGGCUGUCCCUGUCCUCCGGGCAGCCAGGGGGGCAGCAGCUGGCCAGGUGCGGGGCCAGCGGGAAGUCCCAUGCAGGGACCUGCUGGGGGUGGUGCUGGCGUGGAGGGAUAAAGUCCCCUCGCUGCUGCUGUGGCCAGGUUCCUGGGAGAAACAGCCCUGCCAGCCUGAGGGAGACCCAGAUGGGGGGUGCAGGUGGUCCCCUGCUUGGCUCCCCUUCCCCACCUGGCUGUACUGCCCACUGGGCACCCCACCCCACCCCCUUUGGGAUAGCACAUGUCUGUGGGGCUGGUGACUCAAUCCAGGACCCACUGGGUGGGAAGAGAGCCCAGCACUGCUGGGUCCAGGGUCAGGUUAAUUGGAGAAGCGAUUGGAUACGGAGUUGGGAGAGGGAGGGGGCAGGCUGGGAUCCUGGGGCCUCCCUCCUCCCUCCCUCCUUUGCUGGAGGAGCCAACUUCAAAAGCCUUGUCCGCCUGCCGCCAGCCCAGCCACAGCCGCCCUGCUGCCGCGCGUCCGGGGACGCCUUCGGCUGGACUGGCUGGGCUUGGAGAGGUUCCUGCGCCCCACUGAGGACCCGGGAUCAUGCUGGAGGCUCCCAGGCGGGAAUGAGGGAGGGCCUGCCCCUGAGAGGCCCAUGGUAACCCCCAAGCCCAUGCUCUGGGCGCUCCUGCUGGCGCUGCUAAGAACCUCGGUCCCCACCCAGCCCGGUGCCUGCAGUGUCCCCGAUGUGCUGCGCCACUACCAGGCCGUCAUCUUCGAGGACCUGCAGGCCGCUGCGAGGCGGGCAGGGCCCGGGGCUGCAGGGGACGGGCCAGGCCCCAGACAGCUCCGUUUCGUUGAGAAAAACCAGACUGACGCCGUGGCCCCUGGACGGCGGGGUCGGGUGGGGCCCUCCUGUGGCGCCCAGAAGGAGCACAGCAUUCUCGCGUCCAUCGCGGCCCUGGGCCGGGCCCUGCGCGGAGCGGUGGCGGGGGCGCCCCGCGGGGCCCUGGAGAGAGCCGCCUGGACCGUGGCCCUGCGCACCGAGGCGGUGAUGCGGCGCCACUGCCGGCCGCUGCGGCAGCCGAGCCGCCCGGGCUGGUGGGCCCAGCCGCGCACCGGGCACCGGCACCCGCACCGCGGCCGGAGGCGGCGCCUGCUGCGGGCCCUGGACGCCGUCGCCACCUGCUGGGAGAAGCUCUUCGCCCUGCGCGCCCUGGGCAGCCGGGGCCCCUAGCUCGCCUGCAAGCAGCCUGUGCUGGAUGGAGCAGUUACCGGGAGUCUCCGUGUGACCACCGGGGGCUCCGUGUGGGCCUGGCGGGCCAUUGAGCCCACCCAGGGCCCGGGGCCUGGAGACCGAGCCCUGUCCGGGCCCAGCGCGCUCCCCCAGAGGCU